AUGUGACUUUCACUUUGGUUCAUCGUGCGGUCUCUUUGGAACGAGUGUUCUCUAGCAAGUAGCGGCGUGGUUCAACCUCCUAAGAUCUGCAAAAAAAGAAACAAGUUUAAGAUGUUGAGGCUUUUGGUAGUCUUCCUCUGUUUGAUUGUUGCCUUUGGGGAGCCACUAGCUCAGGGACUAACUGCAACAACAGGGUCAAAAAAUUCAACCACAGCAGCACCAACAAUUAAGACAACAACAGCAUUGACAAAUAAGACGACAACAGCAUCAACAAAUAAGACAACAACAGCGUCAACAAAUGUAACAACAACAGCAUCAACAAAUAAGACAACAACAGCAUCAACAAAUAAGACAACAACAGCAUCAACAAAUAAGACAACAACACCAACACCAUCAACAAAUAAGACAACAACACCAACACCAUCAACAAAUAAGACGACAACAGCACAAACGACAACCACUCCAAAAACUACAACUAGUCCUCCAUAUGGCACUUAUUCUAUAGAAGAAGAUGGGAAAUAUUGCUUGCUGGCUCAGUUUGAGGCAGUAUUCACCAUCCAUUACAUGUCUGGACCUGAAGGAAACAAAAAAAAAGAGGCUGUGGGUACCGUUGUCCUUAACAGGUCUGCGCAAGUGAAUGCUUCAGGUGACUGUGGGAGGCUGGUUCUAACAUGGAUCAAACCAGAACCAUAUUACAUUUUGACAAUUGAAUUUGCCAAAUCAAAAGCAUUGCAAGCAAGUAAUGAAAGUUCUUUCACUUGGCGGUUGAGUAGUGUGUCUUUCCUGGCCAACCUCACAGACAACCCACGCUUCAAAAAUGCCACAGUGAAGAUGGUUAAUGCCUCACACACAGUUCCUGCUAAUACUUCUAUUAAUGGUGGAAAUGGUAGCUACUAUUACUGCAAAGCAGAGAAACAGUUCCAGCUUCAGACAGAUGAGAAAAACUACACAGUUGAAGCAGAUUUCACUGAUUGGAAGGUUGAACCAUUUGUCAAGAAAAGCAGUAAGGACUUUGGAUCAGGCACAGAGUGCUACCAGGACAAACCCACACCCACAUCAACUGCUAAACCAAAAGGUUCUAAUGACAUUGUUCCAAUAGCAGUGGGCUGUGCCUUGGCUGGUCUGGUUCUCAUUGUACUGAUUGCUUAUGUAAUUGGCCGCCGCAAGAGUCACCGUGGAUAUGAGAAGGUCUAGUGGAAGGUCUAAGAGGGACAAUUUUACAACAGACAAUGAUCACACUGUUAAAAGAUACCUGUCCAAAGCUGUGUGUUGGUGUGGUCAUUUUUUUGUGCUUCUUUCUAGACACUAUGUCUUAUCCUUUGUGUGGGCCUGAUUUACGAAUUUUCUUGCUGCUAAGCUUUCUGGUACAAAAUCAUCUUUGAAAAAAUGGCAAUUCUUUCCUUUUAGUACAAUUUUCCUAUUUUGGCAACAUCACACUUUUGUUAACUUUUUCCCCUUUUUGCCUUUUGCAACAGACACUUGUAUGAACAGGUACUAGAGUUAAAGCUAUAACCAGUCAGUGCUGGGAAUCAAAGUAGUACACAAUAUAAAAUGAAUUAAAUGAAAGAUUACUAGUUCAUUGGUUAAGUUAUCUUAUGAUUAUGACAAGCUAAAUCCAGUUUGUUGUGGUGCUGUCCUUUUUAGUUAAAAAUUUUAUGUCCUAUUCAUACACAACUGGGAAGUAAAUGUGGCCACUCGUGUAGAUUGGAGUAUCACAUAGAAAAGAACAGCAGCCCAUAUUUGGUACUUCAGAUUUAAGUUAGUGAUAAGAAAUUCACUGCAUCUGAUUUUUGUUGUUAGACAGAAAAGUGCAUACCCUGAAGUAAUUUUAAGUCACUUUUUGAUAAUCAUAGACAUAGUUUUGAAUGUGUGUUAUUAGCCUGUGUAUCCAGCAGUGGAAGGGUGAUUGGGAGGAGAAGGGAAGUAAAGAAAGGGGGAUCAAGAAGAGGAAAUGGAAAAGUUCCUUUUGCAUAUUCCUUUCAGGCUAAUAGCCAAAAAUUGUGGUCAGUUAGUAAACAAUGUGACCCCAUUUCCCUUACUUUCUUUUCUUGUGCGAGCAAACUUUGUGUUAGUUAGUGCACAUCCUGUUUUUGAUACAUUUAGGUUUAGUAGAUGUUCUGAAUAAAAAGGUAUAUAAUUACA